UUUAUCAAAAAAAAGAAAAGUAAAAAAAUACGUGUUUGGUUCAGAUUUAUGUAUGAUGAUUAAAAAAGUCAAACACAAUCCUAACGGCAAGCAAGCCUUGCUUAAUCCAGAAAAAACUAAUUUAGAAGAUCAUACACUCCUUGGACCAAAUCAAAGAAAAUCAAUCACAUUAGAUUUUUUUUGUCCUUGCCCUUGCUUUGAUGUUGUUAUUAGAUCUGCAUAAUUACAACCGCGGGUAGAAAAUAUACUCCCUCCAUCCCAAAGUUAGUUGCUAUUUGCCACUAAAGUAUUACUCAAUCAUAGCGUAUAUGUAAUGACCAAAAUAUUCUUGGAUCAAUUAAAAUUAACUUGAAUAACUUUUUCUACUCUUGUUCCCUCCCACUCAUACAGUCAUACUUGCCAUCGCUAACACUUAAGCCACCACCACUAUCAACACCUUCUAACACCUAAGCCAUCAACACUAAAAUCACCAUCACCCCAUCAACACUUUCUACAAACUUAAUAUCUAAUGCAAUACAUCUUUUUGGUUGUUAGUGAUUAGUUUGUUACCAAUGAGGUGACGAUGGACCACGUACAUAUCGGAGGCGUUGGGCAAGAAAAGUGAAUUUCGUCGUUGGCCAGGAGAUAAUGUUUUUUGGUCGCCAAAAGGGAUCGUCCUACUGAUUUUUAUAUUUACACAUGGGUCCACUUAUUUUCAUACUCAUUCUGUAUCUUUUUAAUGCAUCAUUUGGAUUUUUACACUAUUCAUAUUAAUCAUAUAUUACUUUCGACUUAUUUUGAUAUCUAGAUGAUUUUGUUGGAUGAAUUGAUGAGCUUUUUUUUUUAGAUGGGAAAGGAUAUGAUUUUGACAAGCUAAAAAUACAAAUAAAUGAUGGAACUAAGACCAAAUUAGUAACUUAGAGUUGUUCAAAACAAUCUAUGAAUAAAAGUUGUUGGAUGGACAUAUUCAUUUCUAGAAACUGAUUGCUCCAUUAUGAUUUUUUAAAAAUCUUAAAGAUAUCCUUACUAACACGAUUGUCACGUACACCUUCAAGCUCCUAAACUUCUGCUUUGCAAUCCUACUAUAAAUUGAAGCUACAAGUUAUUGCUUCAUAUCGCUCCAAGUGAAACCGAACAAUAGAAGAAAUGUCUAAUAUUCUUCAGUUCUUUAAGAAUACUUGUUUCCAUCCCCUCUCCCUAACGUUCAUACUCUUCUUGAUCUUCCUUUACAAAUGGCUAAAUAAUAAUCCUUUGAAAAGCAGAAAUCAGCCACCCUCCCCGACAAAGUUGCCCAUCUUAGGCAACCUUCACCAACUUGGCAAAUUCCCACAUCGGUCACUGUACUCUUUGUCCAAGAGAUAUGGAGAAGUGAUGUUAAUUCACCUAGGUAGCACUCCUUCCUUUGUUGUCUCAUCUGCAAGCGCAGCUUGCGAGAUCUUGAAGACCCAUGAUGCCAUCUUCUCUAAUAGACCUAAAUCACGCAUCACGAGCAAGAUAAUCUAUGAUGGCAAAGACAUAGUCUUUUCACCUUAUGGAGAAUAUUGGAGGCAGAUAAGGAGCAUCUGUGUCCUACAGAUGUUGAGUAACAAAAAGGUCCAAUCCUUCAGAAAAGUAAGAGAAGAAGAAGUCACUCUGGUGAUUGAGACGAUCAAGAGAUCAGAACAAUCACCAGUGAACUUGAGUGAGAUUUUUAACGCGUACACAAGUGGUGUGUUGUGUAGGACAGCCUAUGGAAAGAAGUAUGCUGGAGAAGUAGGAACCAAUUUUAAGCUUCUUUUAAAGGAGUUUGUAGAGGUCAUGGCAGUGUUCAGUAUGGGAGAUUUCAUACCCUGGCUUGGCUGGAUUGAUCAACUCACUGGUUUGAACAAUCGGGUGGACAAAGUUGCGAAAGAGUUUGAUGAAUUUCUUCAACAUGUAGUCCAAGAGCAUCUAGAUCGAAAGAUUGAAAAGGAUGAGAGUGAAAAAGAUUUUGUGGACAUUUUGCUGGAUGUUCAGAGGGAAAACACAGCUGCUCUUUCCAUGGACAACAUCAAAGCCAUUGUACUGGACAUGUUUGCUGCUGGGUCCGACACCUCAUACACACUACUGGAGUGGGCAAUGACGGAGCUGCUGAGACAUCCCCAAGUCAUGAAAAAACUGCAAGAUGAGGCAAGGGGAGUUGUUAGAGAAAAAACAAUGGUAUCUGAAGAUGAUUUAGAAAAGAUGAAUUACUUGAAAGCAGUGAUUAAGGAAGUAUUUCGCCUACAUCCUCCACUCCCAUUGCUGCUGUUUCGGUAUCCCUCCCAGGAUGCCAAAAUAAAUGGGUAUGACAUUGCUGCAGGGACACAAGUAAUCAUCAAUGCAUGGGCAAUACAGAGAGACCCAAAUUAUUGGGAAGAGCCUGAGCAGUUCCGUCCAGAGAGGUUUCUGAACUCUUCAGUAGACUUCAAGGGACAGGAUUUCCAGUUGAUUCCCUUUGGAGCUGGCAGAAGAGGUUGCCCAGGGAUACCCUUUGCUUCAUUCCAAAUUGAGCUCGCCAUAGCAAAUCUUGUCUACUCAUUUGAUUGGAAAUCAGCCAAUGGAGAAGAAGAUGAGACUUCUGAAGUACCUGAAAACCCAGGCAUAACAAUCAAUAGACGGGAUCCUCUUAUGGCCAUUGCAACUUUAUAUUCUUGCAGCUGAGAACGUGUUGCACAUAUUAAAUAAAGAAUCAACAUUUGAAUCAUCAGAUGCUCAAGACAGUAGACAAACAGUAUCAAUUAUCCAACAAUAACAAUUCCAUUUCCUAGUUUAUUUAUGUCCUACUCGUAGUUAAUUUUAAUCUUGUUCCUGAUUAUGUUCUUAGUAUAAAGUUUCUGAUGUCCCUAAAUUGAGCUAGGAUGAAGCCUCUUCAAAGGCAUUAGGGUAAUAAUGAUGUUGGUGUCGUAUUUAAAAAAUCAAAAUAAAAUGACUUCACCCAGUCAAUUCCUUA